GAAGCUUAUCGUGACAACAAGUACUGGCCCGGUGGCCUGGCGGCCUGUUCGCAAAGCAUCAUUUGUCUUGGCAUCCAUAACACGUCAUCCCCUGCUCGCUCCCACCGAAAAGCCACUGACAUUGGCCUUGCGGUCGAGCCCAGGGGAUCAUUGCAUCGACCCAAAUGAAACGGUCACAUUCCUGCUCUCCUGGUGCUUCUGAAAAGCGAUAUAAGCGCGUCCCCGCUGCCGCUUGCCUUACUCAUGAUGCUCUCAAGGAGCAUGAUCGCAAUACACAGUCUCUCUCCCCCCUUACGCUGCUCGACAUGGCUCCAGAGGAGAGGUGUAGCAGCUUGUCAGAUGUUCCCAUAAUACCUCCUCCAUCCACACGAUCCUCACAACGGUCGCGGUCAAGCAGUCCAUCGAGGCCAAACGAUGCACAAUAUCGUGGCGGUCCUCUCCGGCGUGCAAAUAUUCGUGUCGACGAGGAGAUACCUGUAGACAUCAGUGAUUAUUCGACCAAUAUAGUCUUCAAUGUACUUGAUAGUGAUGAUGAUCAUCUAAAAAAGAUCUCCCAAAAGCUCUGGGAGAAAUCCAAGGAGCUUGUCAAGAAUGCUUCAGGGGAAACUGAAUGGACGGAAGCCUUAUAUACAGCAAUUGACGAGCUAAGGCCAACGGGGCUGGCAAUUGCGAGCAACAGAGACUGGCGUGUAGAUUUAAAGCCUCCAGUGCACAACCCUCUGCCCAUGAUUCCACGGAAACGAAACCAGUCACAGCAAACUUUACCAAGAAACAGAAUGACCGACAACCUGCACCCAUCCCCUCAUUCUUUGCAUAGAGUUGAAUCAACCAUUCCGAUAUUUAAGCUCAAGGAUCCUCGACCAGAUAUAUGCGUAGGUCUGUCCGAUGAUAGUUUAAGCGGUUUCCUUGGAACCGAGGGAGGUCGCGGCGCUGCACAAAACUUUCUGUUCGACUUGCAAGACACGUCCACCCUAAUUAGUGACCCACACGUCACCCCGUUAAACCUCCGUUUCCCCUUUCUGAUCAUCGAAUUGAAAUCCGGUGCAACCGGUGGGAACCUCUACCAGGCACAGAAUCAAGCCGCGGUAGGCGCCUCAACCGCACUUCAGAUCUUGAAAAACCUCGCAGAGCUUCGAGACACCCAAGAUUUAGACGAUGAAAACCGAGAAGGUGUUGAAGAGAGCAGGGAGUCAACACAAGCCAUGACUAGCAUUACAUCGAACAUGGUGUUUUCUAUCACCACCGAGGGCCCGAUCCACGAACUAUGGCUCCAUUUCCGGCGGCCUAACAAAUAUGACUUCUAUAUGGUCUGCCUGGGGAUCUGGAGGACAACCCUCAAACAUGGCUCGCUAGAUUUCCUCCGCCAUCUUUCAGCAAUCUUGAAAUGGGGGAAUGGUGAGUUCAGAAAUAGCAUUCAAGGUAUUCUCCCAGGAAUUAUGACCAACCUAGUUUUCGACCACAUUGUGUGAUUGCCUAUGCGUUGGGCUUGUGAGCUAGUGAUCAUAAUGACUGUACAUACAAAAGCCGUUGCUUCUUUCUUAGAGGGUCACAAUA